CGGCGCGCGGCCUCGCGCCUGGAGAGGCGUGUGCGGGGCGGGACCCGGAGUACCCGCGUUUUUUCCCUAGUAAAGGAAGGAGAAGUUUGUCCGCGGGGGAAAGGAAAGCGGGAGCUGUCGAUUCUCCCCCUUGGCACCGCCGUGCCCGUGGUCCAAAGGGCCGCUUUGAAGCGGUUACCUCCAGGGCCCGGUUGGGGCGUGCGACCCCUCGCCUUUGUCCUUUCAGAGCACGGAGCCCCCGCGGGGUAACGUGGCGUGGGACCCGCCGAUCCGCUCCGUGUGUGUCCCUCAGCAUCCCCGGGUGCAGCCUUGCCUUCCGCUGACGCUGCCACACGAGGCGGGUUCCUGGCGCAGGUCUCUGAACAAAAUGAAUUUCAUUACAAGGCUUUCUGCUUUGUGUCUGAGGAAGAGCAAGAUGCAACAGAGGCACCAAAGUAGCAGACGACCAGCUGUUCCACUUGGAUCACGGAUUUUAACUGAUCCUUCUAAAGUUUUUGAGCAUAACAUGUGGGACCACAUGCAGUGGUCACAAGAAGAGGAGGAGAAUGCCAAGGAAAAAGCAGCAGAGAACUCGCUUGUGAAAGUCCAACCAGAAGACCAAGAUAAAUAUGAGAGAGAAGCCAGUAAAUAUUGGAAUGAAUUUUACAAGACUCAUAAAAAUAACUUUUUCAAGGAUCGGAAUUGGCUGUUUCUGGAGUUUCCAGAAAUUCUUCCAGAAAGAAAGAGAGAAGAGUUGAAAUCAGAAGAAAGAUCUUCAGAAAACACAAAAGUUAAUAGUACAAAGAGUUUUUCACACAAAAAAGAGAUUUUUGAGGAAGGAGAAAAAUAUUGCAGGAAAAAUUAUGAAGGUGGUUCUACUUCUGUUCAAGGAAAUGCAUAUAAUAAAAAACAAGCAAAAUCCCUUACUGACAAUCCGCACGGUGCAAACUGUGGAGAAGAGCUUGGCAGUAUAGAAUCCUUCCCUGGGAGUGGUGCCACUUAUAGAAUACUAGAGGUUGGUUGUGGUGCUGGAAACAGUGUCUUUCCUAUUUUGAAAGUUCUGUGCAAUACACCUGGAACCUUUCUAUACUGUUGUGAUUUUGCUUCAGGAGCAGUGGAGCUGGUAAAGUCACAUUCGUCCUACAAUUCAGCCUGGUGUUCUGCCUUUGUUCAUGAUGUGUGUGAUGAUGCUUUACCCUAUCCUUUUCCAGAUGAGAUCCUGGAUGUCAUUUUACUUGUCUUUGUGCUCUCUACUAUUCAUCCUGACAGGAUGCAAGGGGUUGUAAAUAGGUUGGCUAAACUACUGAAACCUGGAGGAAUGUUGUUAUUUCGAGACUAUGGAAGAUAUGAUAGAGCCCAACUUCGUUUUAAAAAAGGUCAUUGCUUGUCAGAAAAUUUUUAUGUACGAGGAGAUGGAACCAGAGUGUACUUCUUUACCAAAGAUGAGGUAUGGAACAUGUUCAACUUGGCUGGAUUAACUGAAGUACAGAAUUUAGUUGAUCGACGAUUACAAGUAAACAGGAAGAAAAAAGUGAAAAUGCAGCGAGUUUGGAUACAAAGCAAGUUCCAAAAACCAUUGUCAUGCUCUCUGAAUAAUCCUGAAAAAACACCGAAAGGCACCCUUACAGAUAAUGGUACCAUGAACUCCAGAAACUGAAGCAAAUUUGAGUAUGUAUAUUUCCUAUAAAUCUUGUGUUAGCCACUGAGGAAGAAAUAUAUAUGAAUUGUAUUCCUGAAGAAGAAAUAUAUUGAACUGGAAACCUUUCCUGGAUUUUUUUUUUUUUUUUGUAAAUAUACGUGUAUGAAAAUGAACUGGAAAAAAAGAAAAAAGCAUUUCUGACUUUUGCUUUACAUGCAAUAAAGGAGUAUGCAUUAAUCUAUUUAUAACAGUGACCAGGCACUAUUUUACUUCCUUGAGUAGGAAUAGUCAGUAAGUGUAAUCAUGUAUCUUGUUCCUGUUGAAAUUCACAAUAUGUAAAAAAUUUUAGACUGAAGCAUAAUUUUUUCAGAGAUAUAAAGAAACAGAAUAUCUGCUCUCACUAUCACUGCAAGCUGUGCCAUUUUAGUUUCUGAGUCUUGUCUCUUUUAACCACUGUUUAUCUUUGUAACUGUAUUUCCUCUUUGGGUGAAAUCUCUUGGCGCAUAAAUAAUGAAGACAGUCUCUUUGUGAUUUGCAUGUAAGUUGUUGUUUGCUACUAGCUGUGUCUGACGUGCAUAGGUAUCAGAUCAGUAAAUGACUGGCAUCCCCCACUGUGAUUGUCCUGAUCCUCUGAGUCUCCACUUUCCAUCUACAUGUUCAUCAGAAACAUGCCAAACUUUGAGUUUCUGUAGCAGCUUCGAGACACAUACAUCGUAUUUAAAGUGCCUUAGGUUGUAAGCUUAACAUCAUGUAGCCAAAAUGCCAAAACAGUUUUGAAACCAAUUAGUUGUUAACAUUUGCCUGGAUAAAUACACACAUUAUUUUUAUUCUGUAUCAGAUACUCCGGAGGGAGGAGUAAAAAGAGUACAGAGUACAUUUCAUUAAUAUAGUUAUGGGGUAAUAUAUUCACACUAAAAUGGCAAUCUGCAUGACAGCGGAGAUAUUUUUGUUGUUUACAGACAGAGGUUUUCUUAGAGCCUGGGUCUUAGCAAAAUACACAAAAGGUUUUGUCUUGACCCUGUGGAAAGACAGUAAAAGGACAAGACUAUGCUAGUCUGCGAAGUGCUUUUAAGAGGAAACCAAAAUGCAAACACUGGUUUUGGAUGCAGACCACUAUACUGAGGCUGUUGAGCUAGUAUUCAAAGAUGCCACUUCUGCUAUUUAAGUGUCAUUUUACAAUCGGUUAGCUGCAAGGAUUACAAAGCAAGAAAUAGGUGAAUGAAUAAAAUAAAUCUCUUACUUCAACAAGGAUAUAGAAUGUAUGUUAUCUAUAACAUGCAUGCAGGUUUAAGUGCUGUUAAUAUAGUGACACACUCAGAGGCUCUUUUCUUGCUUUUGUUUUAGUCUGAAGGGUAAGCAUGUCACAGCUGACAACCCAUUUUUUUGUGAGUUGUUAGCUGGUAAGUUAAGAAAACUGAUUGUCUUCUAUAAAAAAUAAACAAAUUACCUAAAUUUAGAUGCUAAGUAUCUUCAUCCCCUUUGACAAGAUGAGAGACCUGCUUCAUUUCCAUAAACCCAGAUCUGUUUCAAGACUGAGGUACAAUAAAGGGUCUUUGAGUGUGAGAUCUGAUCCUGCAUUUCUGGUGUGUUCUAAACUCCCACUAGAGUAAGAUACUGUUUUAUUAAUUAAGUGGCUUAGGAAGCUCUGGUUAGCAGUGGCAUUAUUGUAACUUGCAAUAAAAACUCUUCUGCUAUAAAUCAAAGGUCAAAACAUAGCUGUGUUUCUUCAGGCCCUAAAUUUUAAGAAACUGUAACAUCUGCGUGGGAAACGUUUACUUAGGUUGCUACCCUGUGCUAUUAAUUGUGACUUCUGAGUAUAGCUCUUCGUCUAGUACAAAGCAUUUUCAGUUGUAGAAUUUUCCAGAGGGGUGUGAUGGUGAUGAUAGGCUUUUGAGCAUCGAGCAGUCUUAUUCAUGUGUGUGAUGUAGAUUUUCCAUGUUUGCUUUGGCUCUCACACUGAUAUGUUGACUCUGGCAAGAUUUUAAUAUGCUGUGUUGUUAGUUUAACAAAAAUGUGACAUCAGAAGAAACCAAACCCAGAAUUCUUGUACAGCCUUGAGCAAAAUUGGCUGUUUCUUUUCCACACCUUGCAGCAUAAAUAUUGGCUGCCUCUUUAAGAAUAAUGGUGCCUGGUUUAGAAGUAAUAAGAUCAGCUACUGUUUGUAAGUGUAGAAUAUCCACUGUAAAGUGAACUGUAACUAGUCUGAACAGCUAUAAGAUUGGUAGAAGGGGAAAUAGACAAAGACAUUGUUCCUGAUAAGAACUUUUGGAUCUGGGUAAGACUUUCUGUAUUUUGGCUUUGUGACAUUUCAGUUUUUAGAAAGCUUAAUCAAGGACGUUUUUAAAAUACCUUCAAAUUAUCUGUAUUAGUUGGGAAAGCUAAUAUUCCAAUAUUGGCAAAAGAAAGGCAAGUAGAAGUACUGAAAGAAAAGAGAUGCAGACAACUAUAUUGGAGAUGCAGUUUAAGAUGGCUUAUACUUAAUUGAUUGCUGGGGGAAGAAAAGAUAUUAUAAAGCGUGCCUAGUAUAGAAAAAAUCUCUAAGUUUCACUUUUGAAAUGUGAAAUUAUUUUAAUUAGCUCUGAAAUAUCUAAUAAUAUCAAUUAAUAGAAAUAAACAUUAUAUAAAUACUGAACAUUUCAAUUGCUAAUUGCAACUGAUUUUGUUGUUUGUUUUUUUUUUUUGUUUAACAUGACUUCCUAUGCUGGUAUAGCACUUGUGAAUGUAUAAAAAUGGUGAUGUAGAGAAAGGUAAUCUUGUUAGAAUUGAGCUUUGCCUUCACUGGCUUUGUUUGGCUUUAUCCAUAGUGUGUACUUUUUGCCCGUCUCCACCGGUACUAUACACUUAUGUAUAGGAACACAUGAGAAUGGUACUUACUGUUUUGGCCCUUGCUUUUAGUUUUUAAGCAAGUAAAAGACAGAUACAAAGUCAAGAAAGUGACCAACCUCUUUUCCUACACUAAUCGUGAAGUGCCUAGUCAAAAACAAUUAACUGAUAUCGAAAAUGUUGGUUUUUUUUUUUUUUCCCCCUUGGUAACAGCAAGUGCUUGUGCCCUAUCUACAAAUCCACUGCAACCGAAAUGCAGGGAAGAUGGGGAGACAUCAGGAACUCUAGUGGGACUAGGGAAAAGUUUCUUGUAUUGGAAACUGCCGUUUCUGGUUUGUCUUUUGCUUGCAACAGCUAAUCUGCAGAUUCUGCUAUUUAAUAAACUGACUAAAAAUUUGUAGCAAAUCAUCCUGAAAUUUGUAUUAGACACCACUGGAAAUCACUGGAGACAAACUUUGCUACUUCAUUUUUAUUUACGGUGUGAUCUUUAUUCACUGCUUCGCUGUGCUCUUUGAUCUGUUGACAUAUCCCUCAUUUCCCUUUUUUCCUGUGCAUAGCAGACAUGAAGUGGUUUCCACAGGAGUUAAAUACACAAACAUUUGCAGUAAAGUUUGCUGGCUGGGUUAUUUCUGUGAUCAAAGCAAGAGAGUUUUAUUUCCUUCUGUACAGAACAAAUAGCUUUUUGUUUUUCUGUGAAUGCAAUGAAUUGUGUAGAUGCUAAAUUAAUAUAGUGAUAUUGCUAUAUUUUUUAUUAUUUUAAGCCAAAUAUACCUUUGAGUAUCUUGUUUGUACUUGCAGUGAUAAUGGUAGACAGAUCAUACAUAAGCUAUUUCUCCUUCAUACAUCAUCUUCAUAAUGGGUGGUUAAACAUAGCUGUUGUUAAUAAUACAGGUCACUUUGCCUUUCAGUAUGUAUAAACUUUACUCUGUGUUUGAGACAGAUUGGACAUGAGCAGUUUUUUUCAUCGGUUAUGUGCCAGUUGCCCUCCUCUUGAGAAUCAGCCAGAAAUUGGACAAGCCUAAGUCUGCUACAGGCAUUAAAGUUAAUAUAGUCAGUAAGAACUACACAGGUUGCCAUGAGCAUCUGAGCAGGUUCUUUGUCAUGUCUGGACUGGGCUUUGAGCUGAGAAGGGAACUUCUGUGUCCAGUGACUGUCCUCCAUGCUUUGCUAGUACCAAGCAACUACAAGAAGAACUUGCCUGAUUUGGAAACCAGAGCCAUACAGGCAGGAGGGGAGGAAGGUGAAGAUGCAGCUCAAAGGCAGACAAGUGACAGAGUGAGUGUUUCCUCUGGGAACUGAGGUAAGAAAGAAGCAUGGGUGGACUGACAAAACGAUAAGAAUGAGAUGCAUAUCUGACCAGGGAACUGCGGAAGAGAACACCAUGAGCACCCUAUAGGGAGGAGAUGUAUUAAUGGGAAACAAUGUAGCAGGGUGAGUACAUUGGGCCUAGGAAUGAGUAAAAUGAAAUAGAGGAGGCAAGAGGAAAAAGGAGAUUGGUCUGUCACAGAAAUAGGGUGAAACCUGGGUAAACAAAGAAACUGGGGUGAGUAUUGGAGGUAGAAAGACCUACCUUCGAAGUCUUUUUCUCCCAAGUGGUACUUGGGAGAAAAUCAUAGUGUAAUAUUGUAAGCUUUGUCUUUUAUCCAUAUGUGCAUAGUGUAGUUCAAUUUAUUACAAAGAUGGAAUGUUUCAUUUUUUUUACCUCAUACGAGCUAUACACGUGUGUUUGCAACAGUGCAGGCAGGUUUAUGAUACACCUGCUUUUGCUUUUUCCUUAGGGAAUAAUGUUUUUAACUUCUUUCAAGUAGAAUUCUCUAGUGACAGAAGGUGCAUUCCUAACCUCCUGGGAAGCAAAUACAAAAGAAUAACAGAAGUGUCUGCGUCCUGAUAGUGUUCACUAAGGUAGGACAAUUGCAUUUACUCCAUAUGUUCUGAUGUCCCAUUUAAAUCAAGACCACAUCCGCUGAUUAUCACCUCGAAGUGCCUUCCAAUCUCAGUGUCUGUUAUACUUGCAUCUGCUCAACAGACCUUAAAUGAAUUUGUAUAAACUAGAAAUACAAUUUAAAAGGAAAAUAGCAGAAUGAUCUUUAGGUUUUAGCUGGGAUUACAACAGUCUAGAGAAGGAAUAUGUUUAUUAUUUUAAAAUACCCUCAUGGUUGCAGGGGGACACUCACCCAAGAGGCUGAAAAUUUAGAUUCUUUGAGGUAUGAUGUACAUCAUCAAGAAUAUGAAACCUAAUGUUAGCUUAAUAUUAGCCAAAGGUAUUUUGUCAAUUGUUACUGUGAAAAAGAAGUUACAAACAAGACAGUCCUAUUUUCAGAGGAUGUUCUAUUGAUCAAGUUGCUACAGUUUUGAAGGAAACAUGAAGGAUAAAUAAAGCAAGUGAAUUAAUGACAGCUAAAACCCACUGAUGACAUAUACAAGUUAAUAAAUUCUCAAAGAGUCAUCUGAGUAUUCCUGUGUAUUGAGUUAAUUAAAAACAUAGAUGUAUUGGUAUAUGCUGCUAGUUAUAAAAACAAUCAGAAUGUCCCAGAGAAAUGAAAAAUGUUCAUGUAAAAUCAAAGAAUCGUAGAAGUUCUUGAGUUGGAAGGGACCCACAAGGAUCAUCAAGUUCAACUCCUGUCCGUGCAUAGGACAACCUUUAACAUUUGCACUGUGUGUCUGAGGGCAUUGUCUAAAUGCUUCUGGAAUACUGUCAGGCUUGGUGCUGUGACUGUUCCCUUGGGGAGCCGUUCCAGUGCUCCACCACCCUCUGAGUGAGGAACCUUUUCCUAAUAUCCAACCCAAACCUCUCCAACACAUCUUCCUGCCAUUCCCUUGGGUCCUGUCAUUGGUCAUCAGAGAGAAGAGAUCAGUGCCCACUCGUCUUCCCCUUAUGAGGAAGCUGUAGACCACAAUGAGGUCUCCCAUCAGUCUCCUCCAGGCUGGGCAGACCAAGCAAAUUUAGCCGCUUCUCAUACAGCUUUCUUUCUAAACCCUCUACAUGAAGGCAGGUUAGGGAAAGCAAUCAUAGACAAUGUGAAGAUGGCAUAUAACAUUAUGUUUUAGUAUUUAGAAGGUCUAGUUUAUCCCUUCAUGUGAUACAAAAUGCAGGGUAAAUUAGUCAAGUUGGCAGGCAACAAACCCGCAUUGAUAAAUAUGUACAGUAUGCACUAUAAAAACAGGAGAAAUCACAAUGUUCACAAGGCUAAAAGAUUGACGAGUUACCAAAAAUAGGUUAUAUUAAUUUUUCCAUUUUUUGUUUUUGUAUGUGUGAAAGGGAAAAUCCACAUAUUUACUGUUAAAGAUUUUAAAAUGCCUCCAAUUAAAAAAAAAAAACAAACAAAAGCAGAGCAAAACCUACCACCCCGCUCCCAAAAACCCAACCCCAAAACCCAACCAACAACAAUCCUACAGCCUUUCUCAUUACCUUUUGUGAGAUGCCAACAUUGCUC